UCGUCAACAGAUGACUAUGGCUCGGACGAUGAAUACCUCGCUGCUCAACGAGAGUGGGAAGAAAGUUUGGCGCAGCUAAACCAGCUCGCUUCUUAUGUGCUUAUGCCCGUCCUCGGUCGCUGGCUGGGUCGCAAAUGGAGCUUCUGGGCAUAUGCGCGAUACCUCCGCCUUGGAAUGGGUACAUCGUUCUUCUUA